UCGUGCGCCGGCAGCCGACGGGAGAAGGCCUAAGGUGGUCGUGUCUGAUACCUUGAAGUUAGCUUGAAGAUUAAAUGUGAGAAGCCGCCGUAAGCAGAAGAGAGAGAGAGAGAGAGAGAUAGAUAAAAAAAAGAAGAAUGUAUAACUUAAACGUGAACGUGAAUCCCAGCCCCGCCGCAGCUGCAGGUCUGCUAGGCGUCGCGGCGGCCGAGGUCACGCCAAGGACGCCAGAAAUUUUGAAUUCUCUAAUCGCCAUGACCAAUCCCUUCGAGGGUUAUCCACACGAGCGAAACCGCGAGAGGGCGGAUUCUAGCAGCAGCAAUGAACCGAGCCCUCCAAGCGUCCAGCACACCUGUAGUCAACUUAUUAAAGAAGGCUUAAAGUUGACGUUACAAACGAAAAGACGGGCCAAUGGUAGCGGGGACGAGUGCAGGAAAAAAACAAGAAAAGAAGAUGGUAGUGCAGACGACGAAGAAGAUGACGAAGGAAGUAGCACCAGCGGUCGUGGUGGUGGGUUGACACCGGAGGAUGAAGAGCGGCGUAGAAGAAGGCGGGAGCGCAAUAAAAUAGCAGCGACGAAAUGCCGGCUAAAAAAACGUGAAAAAACGGUGAUACUCGUGCAAGAAUCGGAGGUAUUAGAGACCCAGAACCACGAUUUAAAAUCACAGAUACAGGAACUUGAGACGCAGAGGCGCCGAUUAGUGGAAAUGCUGAGCGUUCACAGUCCGACGUGUCUGAAACAAGGUGGUGCUAACGAAAGUUCUUUUCAACAAUUUACCGAACCCUUACCUCUGCCCAGUUACCAAGAAAACUUCGCCCAAUCCACCUUGAACCAACCUCAAAACUGCGUCACGGAUUACCCCGUAAAAGUUGAAGGGUAUGGAAACUCCGGGCAGGAUUUUUACCGGCAAAAUAGUCCUUAUAUACCUACGUCGGAUGCCGGUUGUACGGUUUAGUCCAAGAGUAUAGCGUGUCCACGUACCUUGGGGAGAGUGCUGCGUAUAUACUAAUCGUAAGAAAAUACAUGCAUUAAGGCGACGUGUUAUGUACUCCUACCUUACCGACUGAAAUUGGCCCCGUCAUAUUAAUACUGAUUCUCGGAUAACCUUACAAACGGAAAAAAGAAAUUGAUUUUUGUUAUCGCAUUCGGUCGAUCAAUUGUAGUGAGAUCUUCAGUGUAAUCGGGAGAAAGAAAAAUUCUUACUAUCAGAAUAUCUAUACUGCUUGUUUGAGCGUUACACCAACUAGCAAAGUUCAAGCCGUUUAAUGUUUGAAAUGCAAUGCAGGUAAUUUUGAUGUGUUAAUUAUGUGCAGAAUGUCCAGACAUUCAUUUCUCUUUUAUGCUCAUAAAAAUAAGAAGACAGUUUCGAAAACUAAAAACGGCAGUAUUGCAUUGCGGGCCAAAAUAACUCUUUUACUUGACGAUUAUAACGAAUUUUUGUCUCAACGCCGUUCUUACCAAAUCAGUGAAUGUCAGACGGUAACCCUAUUCUAUGUUUCUGGUUUUGAUGUAUUUGCAAAACUAUAUAUAGAGUCUCAGUUACCGACGAAUUAGAGUUCUUCCAUGAGUAUGCAGCAUUGCCUUAACAAGCGUACAAACUUCCUGUCGUGCUUCCCUCAUUUCUGGUUAAAUUUCUUAUUUUCCUUCCUCCCCCUCGAGAAAAAAAAAAAAAAACAGAUAAUAAUAUAUCUAUGGAUUCGAUGCUUCGUUUUGCGCACUUUUUAACUCUUU